AUGCUUCAUGGUAUUGGUGUCCUAAUGCCAUGGAACAUGUUCAUCACCAUAGCACCUCAGUACUAUGUUGAAUACUGGUUCACUCCAAAUAACACGCAAACGGAAUACUCGAAAAAUUUCAUGAGCUCAUUAGGUAUCUCAGCGCAGCUUCCAAAUGUUUUGAUUAAUGUUAUUAAUACAUUUGCAGUCAUUGGAGGUGCUUUAUUACUUCGAAUUGCCGGUCCAAUAGUUAUAAAUUGUGCUAGUGUGUUCGCUACAAUCAUGCUAAUCGUGUUCGUUCUGCCAUCAGAAGAAGAUAUGGCUUGGUUUUACGUUGCCACGUUGGUCAUCGUGGCAAUCAUCAACUUUUCGAAUGGCCUAUAUCAAAAUUCGACUUUCGGCUUAUUCGCCGACUUUCCUGCUGAAUACACUAAUGCUCUUAUUCUUGGAAAUAACUUAUGUGGAACAUUCACUACCGUACUUUCAAUACUUGUAACGAUGAUCCUUUCUGACGUACGCUCCAUCGCCAUCACUUACUUUACUAUUUCGUUGCUUAUACUGUGCAUUUGUGGCCUUUCUUUGAUAUUGCUCACAAAACAGGAAUUCUAUAGUUACCAUGUCGAGAAAGGAGCUGCAGCGAGAGUACAAUCGAAUACCUCUAAACCUGGGCUGAAGCAAUUUCGAGAUUGUUUCAAAAUGGUCAGUUGGGAGUAA